GGUCACUGUGGGUCAGAAUCAGCAACAUCGCAGUGAGUUAUAGAACUACAGUAACCUGCUCAGCUGCUGGAAACUGGUCCCUGGACUCUGUCCACAGCCGGCAGUGUCAGUUUUGUUCUUGGGACAAACGGAACCUCCUUGGGGAGCAAGCAGUCCAGGGCCAAACUCGCAGCAGACACAUCAUUUGGGCAGACUCCAGGGAAUUGUCGCUGUCAUCCUCCAAGAUGUACCGCACCAAAGUGGGCCUGAAGGACCGCCAGCAGCUCUACAAACUGAUCAUCAGCCAGCUGCUCUACGACGGCUACAUCAGCAUCGCCAAUGGCCUCAUCAACGAGAUCAAGCCCCAGUCCGUGUGUGCGCCCUCGGAGCAGCUGCUGCACCUCAUCAAACUAGGAAUGGAGAACGAUGACACCGCGGUGCAGUACGCAAUCGGCCGCUCUGACACGGUGGCCCCCGGCACAGGGAUUGACCUGGAGUUUGACGCAGACGUGCAGACCAUGUCCCCAGAGGCGUCAGAGUAUGAGACUUGCUAUGUCACCUCCCAUAAAGGGCCCUGCCGGGUUGCCACCUACAGCAGAGACGGGCAGCUAAUAGCAACCGGCUCUGCCGAUGCUUCCAUCAAGAUCCUGGACACGGAGCGGAUGCUGGCCAAGAGCGCCAUGCCCAUCGAGGUCAUGAUGAACGAGACGGCCCAGCAGAACAUGGAAAACCACCCCGUGAUCCGCACCCUCUACGACCAUGUGGACGAGGUCACAUGCCUCGCCUUCCACCCAACGGAACAGAUCCUGGCCUCAGGGUCGAGGGAUUACACGCUGAAGUUAUUUGAUUAUUCCAAGCCAUCUGCAAAGAGAGCCUUCAAGUACAUUCAGGAGGCGGAAAUGCUGCGCUCCAUCUCCUUUCACCCCUCCGGGGACUUUAUUCUCGUGGGGACUCAGCACCCGACCUUACGUCUGUACGACAUCAACACGUUCCAGUGUUUCGUCUCCUGUAACCCCCAAGACCAGCACACCGACGCCAUCUGCUCCGUGAGCUACAACCCGAGUGCCAACAUGUACGUUACAGGCAGCAAGGACGGCUGCAUCAAGUUGUGGGAUGGCGUGUCGAACCGCUGCAUCACCACCUUCGAAAAGGCACACGAUGGCGCCGAAGUGUGUUCUGCCAUUUUUUCCAAAAAUUCCAAGUACAUCCUCUCCAGCGGCAAGGACUCUGUGGCCAAACUCUGGGAGAUAUCGACGGGACGCACGCUGGUGAGAUACACAGGUGCCGGUCUGAGUGGGCGGCAGGUGCACAGGACGCAGGCCGUCUUCAACCACACCGAGGACUACGUGCUGCUGCCCGACGAGAGGACCAUCAGCCUGUGCUGCUGGGACUCUCGCACGGCUGAGCGCCGGAACCUGCUGUCCCUGGGCCACAACAACAUCGUGCGCUGCAUCGUGCACUCGCCCACCAACCCCGGCUUCAUGACUUGCAGCGACGACUUCCGCGCCCGCUUCUGGUACCGCCGCUCUACCACCGACUGAGCCAAAGCUGCCGCCGCUGCCACUGAAUCCAUAGCCUUCUCAGACUGGACAACAGGACCUCUGUUUACCUUGAUGGGAAUCCUAGUGGAAAAGGCUGGAGAUGCAAGUCUGCCGGGGCCGCCUUCACCACCUCCCCAUGUGCUGGGCCCCAGUCGGCUUGUAGGGAGAGGACCCGCUGCUGCCCCUGACUCUAGCGUUUGAAGGAGGACGGCAUCCUGAAGGGCUGUGGCGCCCUGGGGAGGAGGGCUGCCUGGUCCAGCUCUGGAAAUCUCCAGCUCGGGCCACAGUCAACCCACGCCAGAGACCAUCUCGUUUCCAUCCUGCCAAUCGAUCUGUUAAUAAAACUCAGACCUGCAA